CUCUCUAAAACUGUUCUCUAUCCUUGCCUUGUUUUUCUCUCAAACGUGCGUUCUGCUUUUAUUCUCUCUCUUGUCCAUCCGUUAGUACGAAUCCGUAAUGCAGCUUUUCUAUGUCAAUCACGCAAGCCCUAACUUCCUAAUCCAUUCUCUUUCCAGAGCUUGCAUCUCCUUGAUUGUACGGGGAAUUAUUUUCUGAUCCAAUUGGGCUCGGGCUCGGUCAAGCUUUUCGCCUCUCGUUUUCUUUCCCCUUUUUAUAUUUCGCCGUUACUUUUGGGGUUUCUGUGGGUUUCGAAUUUGAGUUUCUGGGUCGUAGGCUUCUCUCGUUCAAUCAUCGACCUUUUUUUAUUGCGAAUAAUUUGUUGGUGGGGUCGACGGUCUUGGCAUUAUGGAUGUUGGGAACUGGGUCGUUUUCGUGGGGUUUACUUUCGUUCUUUGUUUAUUUGCAGAACAAGGGAAGGUUGGUGAUCGAAAUUAGGGUUUUGAGCGGCUGUUUUUUUUUAAUUUUUUCGUUAGGUUCUGAAUCUGUUUUGGUUUUUAUUAUUGCCAUUGGAUUACCAGGUCAAUAGUGGAAGAGUUUGGGAUUGGAUUUUUGAGGUUGGUGUGUCGGGCCGUAUUUGAUAGGUUGUUUUCUUUUUUGUUUCAUGUAGGUUUGAUCUGAAGAAACUUAUCUUUGCAUAUUAGCUGAUUGAACUAUCUGACUCUUUCAGAUUGGUUCAUAUUGCAUGACAGCUACAAUGAUGCAAAGUUUUCAAAUUUUUUGAUCAAAACAUUUGUUCUUCCUUGAAAUUUUUGAUCAAGCCAUUGUUCUCCUUUUGCAUUUAUUGUCAAAUCUUUCUGGGAUCACAGGAAAGUCGGUUAAUUUCGUUGAUUUUUUAAUUGAAUUGUUUAGUACUGUAAUCAUAUCAGAGGUAUUUGGAAUCAGGCUUCUUGUUAUUUGGUGUUUUGGAAUUUUCUUUUUCUUCUAUAAGGUUUACACAAAUGGAUGUGAAAACAGACAAGGAACAGGAAGUUGGAGGGGUUCCAAAAACUGAGAAUUUCAAAGAAGAGGGAAGCUUGUGGUCAAAUUCUAAAUUGAAGGGUAAGGGAAGUCUUAGUGACAAAAACAUCUUGGUGAAUGGUACACCGAAUAGUAGUAACAGGGAUAUGAUUUUCCGAGCUGACAAAAUUGAUCUAAAGAGCUUGGAUGUUCAGCUGGAGAAGCACUUCAGCCGGGUUUGGUCCAGGAACAAAGAAGCACAAAGACCAAAAGAAGAGUGGGAGAUUGAUCCAUCUAAGUUGGAAAUAAGAUAUUUGGUAGCUCGGGGAACAUAUGGUACUGUAUAUCGCGGUACUUAUGAUAGCCAAGAUGUUGCAGUGAAGCUAUUGGACUGGGGGGAAGAUGGCAUGGCCACAACUGCUGAGACAGCAGCUUUGCGGGCAUCAUUUCGGCAGGAGGUCGCUGUUUGGCAAAAGCUUGACCAUCCAAAUGUUACUAAAUUUGUUGGUGCUUCAAUGGGCACAUCAGAUCUUAAAAUUCCUUCAAAAAAUGGUUCUACUGAGAGUCAAUCUUCCCAUCCAUCAAGAGCAUGCUGUGUGGUUGUCGAGUACCUUCCGGGUGGGACGCUGAAAAAAUUCCUGUAUUCAAACAGGAAAAAGAAACUUGCCUUUAAAAUAGUGAUUCAGCUUGCUUUAGACCUCUCUAGAGGAUUGAGCUAUCUGCAUGCACAGAAAAUUGUUCAUCGUGAUGUCAAAGCUGAGAAUAUGUUGAUAGACUCUCAUAGAACCUUAAAAAUUGCUGAUUUUGGUGUUGCUCGUGUUGAAGCCCUGAAUCCUCAGGACAUGACAGGCGAAACUGGAACCCUUGGAUACAUGGCGCCAGAGGUCCUUGAUGGCAAGCCUUAUAAUAGAAAAUGUGAUGUCUACAGCUUUGGAAUAUGCGUAUGGGAAAUAUAUUGUUGUGAUCUGCCUUACCCAGAUCUUAGCUUUGCCGAAGUUUCAUCUGCUGUCGUUCGGCAGAAUUUGAGGCCCGAAAUCCCUAGAUGUUGUCCAAAUUCUCUGGCAAGCAUCAUGAGGAAAUGCUGGGAUGCGAACCCAGAAAAGCGGCCGGACAUGAGUGAGGUAGUGAAAAUGUUGGAAGCAAUUGACACUAGCAAAGGAGGAGGCAUGAUACCGGAAGGCCAGGGUGGCGGCUGUUUCUGCUUUGCUCCAGUUCGGGGUCCUUGAAUUGCCAAUUAUUGAUGUUUAUAUUGCAGUAUUUUUAGUGGACAUGGUAGAAAUGGCGACUGCUCUAAGCUGUUUAUGGGAUGUUUGUCUUGCGGAUUGGUUCGAGUUGAAAUGAUUUGAGUCUUUCGAGUUUCAUGAUUCUAUUUUACUUCUGUACUUAAAAUGUCAUUUUCUAUGGAACAAAUAAACAUGUGGGUUCCUGUUGCUUCUUGGGAGAA